AUGCCCACGCCGGGUCCGAAGAAGCGAAGGCUGAAUGCUGUGGAUGAUGUGAAUGCCCAGGAACUCGCUCGACUUCCCAAGAAGGGCGCCGCUUUGGCUGAACAGAUAAAAUCCACAUGCGGCAAAUAUCCUUGGGACAUCGCUGAAGGGUUUGAGCCACUGACUUGGGGCAUCAACCUUCUCGAAGACAUUAGAGCCCUGGUCAACCUCGCUCGUGGCACCGUCACCAUCAACCAGGUCCGUGGAGAGCUGCAGCGCCUUGCGGGCUUGCACGAGCGCACCGAUCGAGUCAACAAGCUCAUGAAGGCUGAUGUCGUAGCCACCAAGACUUGGGUGGCUGAGAAGAUCAAACGCGCCGAAACUGAGUCCCCUGAGCCUAGCGACAAGGAUGAGGACAAGGAUGGAAAUACUAGUCAUAGAGAGAACACAACCGCAGACGACACGUCCGUGGGCGACCAACCUGUGAUAUCUCCUCCCGAUGCUGAGGCUGGGCCGAUCGUUGGCGGUGGCAAGGAGAAUGAGCAAGGCCACGAGGAGUAUCAUGCCCGCCCCAACGACGAGCCCAUUGGGAAACAGGUCCAAAUGAAUGCUGAUGAUCAAUACCUCAAUACCCAAACCCCGAUCAGACCUAUCGGCGACAUCGACACUACCAAGUCGAUGGAGAAGCAGGUCAACUCUGGUAUGGCCGUGGCCAGAAAGCAUUCUCUCCCUGCGACUUCCCCCCUGUCAGCCGCAAAGCGCCAGAAGACGGUCAAUGGUAUCGCCAAGCUAAACAAACUUCAGCCCAGAUCCAGUUUUCAAACCAACGCCGAAGAUGAACAGAUCAUGGAUAGCUUCACCAUGUGGCUGAACAAGAAGGCUACCGAUUUUGCAACCCUCUCGGAAAAUUCGAGAGUCCGGCGGGGCUCGAUUGAAAUGCGAUACAAAGAGGCGAUGGAAGAGGCGUCGGGUGCCCGAGGCCAACAAGUCACCGAGCAGGGGCUCAAACAAUCAGCCGAAGCUCGUCUCAAGGCGAUCAAGGAGGAUCAGACGAAGGAAACAGCCGCCUUAGCCCAGCUUCUGAGUCUGCAACAGUCACACUCUGGGGUCAUUGGUGAUGAUUUGACGGCGGUGAUCAAAAAGAUGGAAGCAAAGAUCAAAACUUCCAAGGAAGAUCUUGAAAACGCUGAAAAAGACACGGCGGCCCGCGUUCGCUUUCUGGACAAGCUCAGCAAGUCUAUUGAGACGGCUGAUAACAACGCUGCUCGACUGAAGCAGGAAUCAGAACAUCUUUCCAGGGACUUGGAUGAGGUGAAGAAGAAAGUGAACCUGUCGUCUACGGCCAACAUGUUCUUCAAGUAUGGUCUUGACCGUACUAUCGAGGCACUGGAGGAAGACUUUGGCGAUAUGAAGGACUGGGUUGAGCGGAAGAUUGCUGGAGAGAGCCGGAAUAUCUAG